AUGGCAAGUUCUACCUUGGAGAUGCUGGCUAUGCAUGUCGGCCGAGUACUCUUCCACCCUUCAGGAAAACCAGGUACCAUCUCAAUUAGUUCUCUGUGGGGCUUUGAUGAACACGUGCCUGAGGAGGAAGAGGUCGAGCCUGACGAUGUUGUUAGCUCCGGCCAUGGUGUGGAGGCAUUUGACAAUGACGCUUGGAAGAACAAAAGGUUGGAGUGGGCAGAGGGAGUUCCGUACCCUUCGCGCGUUGAAUUUUGUGGAGAUUCUUACUCAUCACGAAGAAGGGAAUGGACUGAUAUAAGAAUUGUGAGAAGACUGCAAGGAUCGCGUCACCAAGAGAGGCUUGCUGCUCGUAAUCAUUUCAGAGCGAUGCGUGAUAGUCAGCGAGCAGGCGGAAGCAAGCCUACCCCCCUAUUCAGGCUUGCAAUGGAUAACCUAAGGGAUGCGGAGCUUGUAGAGGAGUGUAUCAGGGAUUGUGAUACUCCAGAAUAUCUUACUUGUCCAUUGUUGGGCGAGCUUAUGAUUGACCCGGUGACAAUUGCCACGGGGAAGACAUUUGACCGACAGUACCUCAAGGAUUGGUUUGAGAAGAACGGGCAUAUCUGUCCUGUGACCGGCCAGCCUGUUUCAGGUGCCAUUGUCCGAAACGAGCGUAUCCGAGGGUAUUUGUACGAGUGGGAAGAAUCCAAGAUGGAGCGGAUCACCAAGAUCAUUACAGUCUCUUGUGCCUAA